AUGACAGAUUUUGCUGGACAAGUGGCGUACUAUGCCUGUCAUCAGGUUUACCUGUCAAGGAGAGCGUUUUAUCUACUAGUUGUUGAUAUGUCCAAAGACCAGAAUGAUAAAGCUCAUGAACACAACACGGAACGUCAUGAUCCAGUAGGGUCUUUGUUUCAUCACUGGACAUACAAAGACUAUUUCACGUUCUGGCUCCAGUGUAUACAGACCUACCGUGAUGAUGGAAACAGGCGAACUCUUGGCAAACAAACAGAGACAGUUGAUGGUCGACACCCAGUGAUUCUUGUUGCGUCACAUAAGGAUAAAGCCAAACCGAACACGUUCCCUACAUUUGCAUUCUUUGAAGAAUUGAAGAGCUCUUUACCACGAAAUCAAAUUCUUCAGCAUCUUCUUUCACCUGACAGAUACUAUGAAGUUGAAUGCCCAUCAGGUCCAUUAUUUGAUAAACAAGAAAAAAUGAUUGAAAAAGUAAGAGAGUGUGUUGUUCAAAAUGUCCAAGGCUUAUAUCACUGGGGCGAGGAAAUACCCAUAUCGUGGGCGAAAUUUGAAGAUAUCCUUAAGAACAGAAAGGAAGAAAGAGUUUUGGAGAGAUCGACUUUGAAGGGACUAGAAGAAUUACGCAUGUUAUCCAAAUCAGAUAUCGAUGAUAUGCUUCAAUUUUUUCAUGAAAUCGGACAAAUCAUCUAUUUUGCGGAUGAGAAACUGAGAGAUGUGAUUGUAAUUGAUGUCCAAUGGUUUGUUGAUGGAUUCAAGAAUAUUAUCACAGACCCAAAACAUCUUGCACAUGAAACCGAUGAAGAUGAAAUAAAAAGAGGAAGAAUUUCAAUGUUGAUAUUGAAGAGAAUAUGGAAGAAAGAAACUGAAAAACCAUAUAUUCCACAUAUGAAUUCUAUUCUACCCUACAUGGAAAAGCUAGGUUUAAUGGUUGAAAUGAAAACAAAGAAAGGUCAGAAUACUGAGGACAAAAAGUUCUACAUCCCAAGUAUGAAUAGAGUAGACAUGCCUUCUGAGGCGGUAGACACAAUCAACGCUGGGCAAAAGACGUCAAUCCUCAUAUUCCAUUUCAAGACGUACCUACCGCAUUUCUUCUUCUUCCGCUUGGUGGUUCGUUGUUUUAAAGAAUGGGAUGUUCUUAGGGAAACAAUGUUUUACAAAAAUGUCACCUUUUACAAGAAGAAAGAUCAUUGCAUCGCCAUUACUGUUAACAAAACAUCAAUCCAAUUACAAGUCUUCACACGAAGUCGGGAAAUAAACCUCUCCAGCAAGCGCGUCAUGAAAAUCAGGAAAACAACGGAAAAUAACAUCUGGGAAAUAACAAAAACUUUCCACAAACAAGUUAAAUUUGACAGAGGGUAUUCUUGCAAAAGUAUCAAGAUCGGGGAUGAAGACCAAGGCGACUUUUUUCUGCAAAGCGAAAUUUUACCGGUAAAAAAAGAAACUCCAAAUGUGCAAUGCCCUCUGCAUGUAGAAAUCAAUCAAACUCACGAGAUUGACACGUACAAGCUGCUCCGAUUCUAG